UGCGCGGAUGGGGCCGGCGGGGGGCGGUGGCGGCGGCGGCGGCGGCGGGGUCGGUCCCUGACGGGCUCGGUGGCCGCCGGGAGCUCCGUCAGGCAGCGAUGCGGGUCCCGGGCCCUGCCGGUAGGCGGCCCCCGCCGUGAGCCGCCCCGCGGGGAGCCGCUGGGGCUGCGGCAGGCCGGCCGGCCGGCGCUGCGGGGUGCAUGGGGGCGCCCCCCGCCCGCAGAGAGGUGUGACUCCUCCGGAGGACGGCGCUCGGCUCCGCAAGGCCAGCGGCCCGCGGAGCCCCUCGGCCGGGCUCCAGGAGCCAAAAAAAAAAAAAAAAAAAUUAAUAAUAAUAAUAAGGAGGGGGCGCGGGCCCCUGAGGAGAGCAUCGCCCCCCUUCCCAGGCGGCUGCUGCCUCCUGAGAGAUGAAGAAGUUUUUCGACUCGCGUCGGGAGCAGGGUGCCUCUGGCCCCGGGUCGGGCACCAGCGGCGGCGGCGGCGGCAGCGGAGGCCCCGGCAGCGGGUACAUCGGCAGGGUGUUCAGCAUCGGCCGCCACCAGGUGACGGUGGACGAGGUGCUGGCCGAAGGUGGAUUUGCAAUAGUGUUUCUUGUGAGGACUAACAAUGGGAUGAAAUGUGCCCUGAAGCGUAUGUACGUCAAUAACGAGUACGACUUGCAAGUCUGCAAAAGAGAAAUCCAAAUCAUGCGGGAUCUAUCUGGCCAUAAGAACAUUGUUGGAUACAUUGAUUCCAGUAUAAACUCAGUAAGCAGUGGCGAUGUGUGGGAAGUGCUGAUACUAAUGGACUUCUGCCGAGGAGGGCAGGUGGUGAACCUCAUGAACCAACGCCUGCAGACAGGUUUCACUGAGAAUGAGGUCCUGCAGAUCUUUUGUGACACUUGUGAAGCCGUAGCGAGGCUGCAUCAGUGUAAAACACCAAUAAUCCACAGGGAUCUGAAGGUUGAAAAUAUCCUGCUGCAUGAUCGUGGCCACUAUGUCCUGUGUGACUUUGGAAGUGCCACUAACAAAUUCCAGAACCCUCAAACAGAAGGGGUGAAUGCGGUAGAGGAGGAGAUCAAAAAGUACACUACGUUAUCCUACAGAGCACCAGAAAUGGUCAACCUGUAUAGUGGCAAACUUAUUACUACAAAAGCAGACAUAUGGGCACUCGGCUGUUUGCUGUAUAAGUUGUGUUACUUCACCUUGCCGUUUGGGGAGAGUCAGGUGGCAAUCUGUGAUGGCAAUUUCACCAUUCCAGAUAAUUCUCGGCAUUCGCAAGACAUGCACUGCCUCAUCCGGUAUAUGCUUGAACCAGACCCUGAUAAGAGACCUGAUAUUUAUCAGGUCUCCUACUUUGCAUUCAAAUUGGCAAAGAAGGAAUGCCCGGUCCAGAAUGUCCAGAACUCUCCAAUCCCUGCUAAGCUCCCAGACCCAGUCAAAGCAAGUGAAGCUGCUGCAAAGAAGAGUCAACCCAAGGCCAGGUUGACAGAUCCCAUUCCUACAACAGAGACGUCCAUAGCACCCCGCCAGAGACCUAAAGCAGGACAGACACAACCCAACCCUGGAAUUUUACCCAUUCAGCCAGCCCUCACGCCUAGAAAGAGACCCACAAGCCAAGCAGCAAUUCAGCCACAAGUUGCAGGGCCUGCUGCCUUGGGCAGUGGUCAGCCUUCCCUCCCUGCAAGUGUUCCCCAGCAAAAAGCAGCACCUCAACAGACUCCGGCACAGCCACAAGCCAAACAAGCUCCAGCUCCCCAGCAGGCAUCACAGGCACAGCCCCAGGUCCCUUCUGCUCAGCCACAAGCCACACCUCAACACCAACAGCAGCUUUUCUUGAAGCAGCAGCUACUGCAGCAGCAGCAGCAACAGGCUGCAUAUUACCAGCAGCAGCAGAUGAUGCAAGCUCAGCAGUUCCCAGUGAUGCAGCAAGGAGCGCCAGCACAGCAGCAGCUGAUGCAGAACUACUACCAGCAGCAGCAACAACAACAGCAGCAGCAGAUGAUGGCCCAGCAGGCAGCAAUGCAGCAGAAGACAGCAGUAGCAGCAGUUCAGCAAAAGCAACAGACUCCAGCACCUCCACAGACCCAGCAAAGUGCGGCCCAGCCAACGCCACAGCAGGAACAAGUGAUACAGGCACAAAUAAGGCAACAACAAAAACCUCAAACCACACCACCUACAGCAGUUCAGGGGCAGAAGCUGGGUUCUCUCACCCCUCCAUCCUCCCCCAAGACACAGCGUGCAGGACACAGGAGGAUUCUGAGUGAUGUGACCCACAGUGCUGUUUUUGGGGUUCCAGCCAGCAAGUCUACCCAGCUCCUGCAGGCAGCUGCUGCUGAAGCCAGUCUCAACAAGUCCAAAUCUGCUUCCACUACGCCCUCGGGUUCCCCAAGGACCUCACAGCAGAAUGUCUAUAACCCACCUGAUGUCUCCACAUGGAAUCCAUUUGAUGAUGAUAACUUCUCCAAACUCACAGCUGAGGAGCUGCUGAACAAGGACUUUGCAAAGUUGGGCGAUGGAAAAGCUCCAGAAAAGAUGGGCAGUUCCACAGAGAACUUGAUUCUGGGUUUCCAGCCGGCUUCUUCUGCAACUCAGCCAGAUGCAUUUGGUGGCUCUUCUUCCUUCACUGCUGGAACAGGUCUGCAGAGGGAUCCAGCCCUAUUUCCAGUUGUAGCUCUUGAUCUCUGUAAAGGACCUUCUGGCAGUGAUGGACUUGCUUUGUACAGAGGUCAGUCUGAGAUGCUAGAGGUGAAAACCCAGCACAACUCAGAGUCAGACUACUUAGCAAGAGACGGUCCUUCAAGCAACAGCUCCUUCUACAGCAGUGAAGGAGAGGGGACAGACCAUGAAGGAGAUAUUUUGGAUUGUAGUGGGUCCAGGCCUUUACUGAUGGAUUCAGAAGAGGAGGAGGAAACCUGCAAGCUGGGCCCAGGGUUCCUGCAAGCUGGGCCCAGGGAGAGACGGGAGGCUUCCAAAGAUGCCCACUCCCAAUCUUCCCAGGCCAGAGCAGGGGAGAUGCCAUUCCCUGCCUUCCAGUCGCACUCUGGGGAGGUUUUUAAUGAACCAGAUGUUUUUGCCACGGCUCCUUUCCGAAGCUCGAGAAAAGUGCCUGAUGAGGUGGAUGUCUUUACCAAAGCUCCUUUCAUCUCCAAGGGCAAUAUGGCUCACAGACAUCCAGAAGAAGCAGAUGUGUUUCUGAGAGCCCCUUUCACAAAAAAGAAAAGCAUGGAAGAGUUGACUUCUCAUAGCAUGCCUAAGGAACAGUUCACACCUCCUGUUUUCAUAAGUCAAGCAGGCGAUGUCCAACACAGAGCCAGCCCUAUGUUCCAAAGCCUGGAUACAGCAUUUCGUGGGUCCACGGCCUCGGCAAGACCUCAGUAUCCCUCUGCAGGUUUUACUCAGCCGACCAAUCUUCCUCCUUCUUCUGUAAGAGCGAUGGAGGCCCAGGAGAACAUCGCUUCUAAAGGUGUGCAGCCCGACCACAGCGGCAUGCCCAGUGAGAGGAACCAAGGACAGGUGCUCCCACAAGAAGCCAUCCUGGGCUCCAUGGUUAACAAGCCUUUCCGUCCACAAUCCUUGUCAAAAUACUCCCGUCACUACAGUCCAGAAGAUGGGCAAGGUCUUGAAGUCAAACCCAUAGCUGCUUACAAAGUGGUUUCUCAGACCAACAGACAGGCAAUAGCAGGAUCUGUCUCUGUUGCCCCUCUGUCUUCCAGGACUACGGAACUGCCCGACGGGGAUCCUUUUGCUUCAGCACCCUUUCCUUCCAAAGCAGGAAAGCAAAAGCCUUAAUCUGCUGUGAGCUGGGAGGUGUGCUUCCUGUAGAACACCUCUCACGGGACCUCUUAGUUGAAUUGAAUGACAUAGCAAUAUAUAUAUAUUAUUAUUAUUUGGUCAGAACUCUAUUUGCAGUGAUACAUAGUUGAACCAUUUUAAGUUAUGUUAGCUAAUCUGAAUGCCUGGCUCUCAGGAUCUUCAUAUCCUUUUCAAUUGCUUCUUACCUUCCUCCUCUCACUGCCUUCCACGCCACCCUCAGUUAUUUUUAGAUGCUUUUCCAAAACAGUAAUAUUCCAUACUUUCUGGCUGGGGAAAGGCGUUAUAAGAUGAAUUAGAAGGCUUAUUCAUUACAGAGCAAGUCAAGCGGGACUGGCUUAUGCUCUGGCAAAGAAGUGAUUUCGCAUGUUGAAGGGUUAUUGGGACUCCGUUCCCAGCAGUGGGGGCUUCUGGAGGACAGCAAGGUGACACGUUCUGCUGCUGGUAGCACUGGCAAGCUUGGCAGCUGAGGCUCCAGGGUCAUUCUGUCACGUACAGUGUGUGUUUGUGGGUUUUUAUGCACAAUAGGCAAUGCCUAACACCAGGUCCAUGCAGUGCAGAGGUGAGCAGAACAGUGGCAGUGCACGUGCAGCACCUCUUAGCUCGCUGCCAUGUGCAGGGCGCAGUGUGUCAGCGCCCGGAGCAGUCGGUAGGAGGACUCGGUGCCUUCCACUGCUUGUCUUUCAGACGCUCGAGAAUUGAAACUUCAGCGUAGCAAUCUGUCAGGCUGCUACCACUGCUGUUACUAGGAAAAUCAAAAGAUCAAGCAAAACUUUGACAUGCAUGUAUCUUAUCUGGUUUAUGCCAAAGCGUAGGACCCAGAAAUUUGCUUUUGUUGUUGUGAAGGAGAGAGCUGUGCAUUAUUACAGUAUUAAAAAUAUGCCUGAUGGAAAAGUUUAUUAUGGAAACAACCUGACAGAUGUCCUGAUCUGCAUACCUCAUUUGGUGUAAUCCUGCAUUGGGUGCAAUCCGGUUAGACUGAUAUAUGCUAGCAGAGAACUUGACUCUAGUUUCAUCAGUUCUGCCUUUUGUUUUCUUAUCAAUCAAGAUGAACCCAAACAAAAUGUACUCACUCUUCUCUGGUAACAUUUGCUCUACUUCAGAAAUCUUGUGCUUCCUACCGUAUUCCCAAAGAGAAAGACAUCUUCUUCCUGUUUGUUCUGCCAUUGACGUAGUGAAUCCCCAUAUAGUGUUUGGUGGGAAAAUAGUCUGGAAGGUUUACUCCAGCUGUUUGUCACUUGCUGGCCGCUAGGCAGAAAUAAAGUAGACUUUGCUCCCCUCUCUUCACAAUAAUACAAGGCAGAGAUAAGAGUGAAACCUCCUGCCUUUGUUUUUGCAAAGUGCCUGUUGCAUUGCUUGUCUUGGUCCUGCUAUUUCUGGCCAGCGGCAGCUAUGUAUUUGUAAGUGUUGUCUGGUUUCAAAGCGUGCAGGUGCAGGGCUCUUUAGGCUCGCAGUCACUCAUGCCUCUGUAGUGCAGUGGUCCUCCGUCCUAACAGGUGCUGAUGCUGCAGAAGGUCUCCCAAGAACAAUCUCCAGUUGUUUUGUUUGCAAGGGCUUCCCCAUUGACUUCAGGAGUUUCUGCCAAGCCCCUCGAAAGCCUUGCAGUGACCAUUUCCCAAGUGAAUUUGAUCCUUAUCCUGUAAGCUGGAGCCUUGCGCAAAGGAUAAAGGACAGAUUUUGCCUUUGGGGCUCUCUCACAAGUGGCUUUGAGCUUUUGUGGGGGAGUUCUUGGAGCUGGCUGCUGAGGUAGGUUGCUGUGGUCAGGACCUGCUGCAAAUGGAGCAGGUUUCUGUCCUGCCCUCUUACCGAUGUGCUUGUACUCAGAAGAUUCGGGACUACUGUCCCACUAGGGGAGGGAAGGGCCGAUGUAACUCCUUGUAAUGUGCUGGAGUCACACCAGUGAAAGCUGCUGCAGCCAAAUUCAGUCUAGUUUUUGGGGGGGGAAAAAAAAAAACAGACACCACCUCCAUCCAUAGCUUUGACUGAUGUCCAGAUAAUAAACAUUAAAGGAACUCAGCGAGCUUGUUACAGAUGCACGUGAAGACUGCUCAAACAAAGCAGAGCAGUGCACAUGAACGGGAACACAGUGCAGGUCUCUGCUGAAUUUUCAGCCCUGCAGUAAGGGGAGGGUGGAUGGAAAAGUCCGGAGCACCAGGAGAUGACAAGCAAAGCAUGUGCAGAUAGGAGUUACCAACUGCUCUGCGUUCCCCAUCCCCUCCCCAGUCUCAGUUCCCUUCCAAAACCUGCAGUUGCAAGCAAUAAGCCAAAUGUUACUGCAGGGAGCACUCAGCAUUGGGUUUGCCUGGAAGACAGAGAGAGAAAGUGGAACUGAGGUGUUGAAAGCCCUGCGGAGGGGAGGGACAGCUCUUGGAGGCAUGGAGGCUGUGUGCAGCUGGACCUCCUGCCCUGCUCUGCUGCACAGCACCGGUGUGCUGCUGCUGCAGGUGUGUUCUUCCCGUGCUCCUCACCGCCUCUGGGAGAUAAAGUGCUGCAAAGAAAUUUCUGGGUUUCCCUUAAGACCUUCAGUGAAGCCAAAGCUGUAGUUCAUUGCAUUUUGUUGUCGUUGAGUUUUCUGUUCAAAUACAUACCCGAGAGUGAUUGACCAUGCAGGUUGUUGCUGGAUUGGAUCAGUGAGAGAUGCCAAGGAGGACCGUGAUAUCAAACUGUGAAAUGCAGGGGAUACCAAGAAGGCUAAGCAUGAGGGUGUAGAUUUGUUUCAGCACAUGGCUGUGCCAUGGCUGUGCAUGUGGCCAGCAGGCUGAAUUUGGCCUUAAGCUGUUAAAUUCACUUGGGAAGCCAACGGAAGGUCAGGGCUUGGCAGUGUAGGGAUGGAUCUGUGCACUCAGGAUAUGCUUUGCUGGAGUAAGCAGGUACCACAUAUAAAUAAGAUGUGGGCUCAAGGUAUUACCUCUGCUAACUGGAUUCAUGUUCUUCUUACUUUCUUUCAUUAUUUUUUACUUGAAAAGUUGCUUUUGGAUAAUUCUGUGAAACUUCUUACGAUGCCACAUCCAGGUCUCACGUAACAAAAGAAAAAAAAACACUUGUGUGCUCACAUCAGUGAGGUGGAGGUGAGCCCUGUAUCGUUCAGACCUCGCUGUCCCGUGCUGCCAGCCGUGGGAGGACGGGGAGCACGCAGAGGUGCAGCUGGGUGCGAGGGCUCACCGGCAGCAUGGGCUCAGGUUGGGUCAGGCUGAAUUUCCAGCUAGCAUUUUGGCAGCUUAUGUUCCUCAAGCACUUUACACAGAGCAAGCUAACGAUGCUCCAGAAACUAAUGAUCCUGCCAGCAUGCAUCUAGUGCUUAAAUGGUUUAAAAACAUGUUGGGAGGGUGGGGGGAGAGCUUGUUUGAAUCUCUGUGUGUGACCUAUGAAGGAAUGGGACUUCUGGUUGCAGUCAGAAAAUUGAAUUUCAAUACCAGUUAGUCUGAUACCAUUCUAGUUUCCAGCCUGUAUUCCUCCUAAUCCUGCAUGGCCAGUACUGCAGCUUCAGCAUGAUGUAUUGUAAGUGGAAAUUUCAUUUCCUUAUUUUAUGAAGCUACAGUUUCUAAUGCUUAUGGAGUAAUAGUGCUUAUAGCUUGCUUUGCCACCUAGCUGAUGUUAAUGCAGCAAGACUGGUAUGGCCUCAAUGCAGCAUUUUAAAGUCAAUUUUCUGAACAGAACCACUGGUUUCACCUUUUUUAAAGCUGUAGUAAAUUCUGCCAGCUGCCCUGGGUCUCCUAGGAGACCUCAUGGCCAGAGGGACGCAAUUACCACUUCAGUCCUGUGACAAUCUUAGACAUGGUUCUUAUCCAUUGCCAACUUAACUUGAAUGCACUUAGAAACAUAGCGCUUCAAAGUAAGUAAGCAGAGUUUCUGCAUGAAAAAAAAAGGGGGGGUGGGGAGAAAAAAAGAAAAGAAAAGGCAACAGGCUUUGCUCUCUGUGCCUCCUUGCUGAAACAUUUGCACAAGUGCACAUACUGGGACCAGCUGCCCCAGGGUUCGCCCGCUGCAGCCUGCUGCAGUAUUUUUGGGACUUCUCCCCAUCUCUCAUCUCGGCACUAGUCAUGUGUGGCGUUCAGUUUACAAUCUUAGUCUCUUGAAGCCAGCACACACUCAGUCCGUACUGCACGGUAUGCAUGCAGCACGUCGGUGAUGUUAAGCUCGUGACAGCAAACCCGCGUGAGCAAUUGUGAUGCGCGCUGCCUGGAGCGCAUCUUCAGAGUGACUUAAUCAGGCAAGACAGAGUGCGAUCUGUUUAAUUGCUGAACUCUCAAUCACUCCAAAGUGGUAAUCGGUUACUUUAACUCAGCUUCCACCAAAGACUCUUGUGUUGGGGAGUUGAAUUUUUUUUUUUUCACGGUGUUAAUUUAAGGCCUUUUAGUAUACCAAAAGACUCCAAAGCAUUUUUAGAGCAGGUAUCUUGACAGUGAAAUCUUGUUCCAGUCUUGAAAUGCAUUCCUGAAACCUGAUCAGCUCUGUUAGAGUUUCCAAAAAUAAGCCCCGGCCUGUAGUUUCUGUUGUGCAUAGGGUGAAGGUUGUCACACACGGCUAGAAAAGCCCCCCUGAGAAGUGGGAAGGAUGGUGGUGAUCCGGCAAUCUGCUGGUCUCCUAUCCUGACCCCACUCUCUCUUCCACAGCAAGGGAGAGUGAGCUGCUUGCGAGCACAGGGAGGGCAGGGGGCUUUCUGUGUCUGUGUGGUUGGGGCUGGGAGCUUGAUGCAGGAAAGCACCAGGGGUUGCAACUGGUUGAGCAUCUCCGCACACCACAUCCAGCAGUGAAAGCAACUCCUACUGUCAGUGGAGGAGCAUUGUCUCCGCGUGGAGCAGAAAGCUGGAGCUGCAGGUGUUCGUGGCCUCUGCUGACUGUGAUGAGCGAUCUCUGUGACUUAUGUUGCAAGAGCAGUGUUCUGCUUGAACCACGUUGUUAUUAAAGUGAUUCGUAGUGGUCUUGGAAAUACCUCUGACUUGCAGAUUGGUGGAGUUGAGUGUUGCACUCUAGGUGUGAUCGUCUGUGUUUCCGGUAAUCAUUAUGAAGAAAUGUUCAAGUUGUAAACUUAUGUACAUUCUAUUAAAACUGUACCUGAUUACAA